CCGUGCGGGGCCAUGGCGGCCCCGGACAGCUGCGUGAAGGUGGCCGUGAGGAUCCGUCCGCAGCUGCCCAAAGAGAAGAUAGAGGGAUGUCACAUCUGUACCUCGGUGACACCUGGCGAGCCACAGGUGCUGCUGGGCAAGGACAAGGCCUUCACCUAUGACUUUGUCUUUGACCUGGACACGUGGCAGGAGAGGAUCUACACGACGUGCAUGGGGAAGCUCAUCGAGGGCUGCUUCGAGGGCUACAAUGCCACUGUGCUGGCCUACGGGCAGACUGGAGCAGGGAAGACCUACACCAUGGGCACUGGCUUCGACAUGAGCAUCUCGGAGGAGGAGCAGGGCAUCAUCCCUCGGGCCAUCAGCCACCUCUUCAGCGGCAUCGAGGAGCGCAGGCGGGCGGCCCAGAGCCAGGGCGUGGCAGCCCCCGAGUUCAAAGUCAGCGCCCAGUUCCUGGAGCUCUACAACGAGGAGAUCCUGGACCUGUUUGACAGCACCCGCGACCCCGACGCGCGCCACCGCAAAUCCAACAUCAAAAUCCACGAGGAUGCCAGUGGGAGCAUCUACACCACGGGGGUCACAUCACGCCUCAUCAGCUCACAGGAUGAGCUGAUCCAGUGCCUAAAGCAAGGAGCUCUUUCCCGCACCACGGCCAGCACUCAGAUGAACGUGCAGAGCUCCCGGUCCCAUGCCAUCUUCACUAUUCACCUGUGCCAGACCAGAGUGUGUGCCCGCCCAGAGCUGGUGAAUGAGGAGGUGAGCAGCCUUCUGGAUGGAUCCCAGCCUGCUGCUGAGUACGAGACCUUGACAGCCAAGUUUCACUUUGUGGACCUGGCUGGCUCGGAGAGGCUGAAGCGGACGGGUGCCACUGGCGAGAGGGCGAAGGAGGGGAUCUCCAUCAACUGUGGGCUGUUGGCCUUGGGGAAUGUCAUCAGUGCCCUUGGAGACCAGAGCAAGAAGGUCGUGCACGUGCCCUACCGUGACUCCAAGCUGACUCGCCUGUUGCAGGAUUCCCUUGGGGGCAACAGCCAAACCAUCAUGAUUGCCUGUGUGAGCCCCUCUGACCGGGAUUUCAUGGAGACCCUGAACACACUCAAGUACGCCAACCGGGCUCGCAACAUCAAGAACAAGGUGGUGGUGAACCAGGACAAGACGAGCCAGCAGAUCAGCGCCCUGCGCGCCGAGAUCGCCCGGCUGCAGAUGGAGCUGAUGGAGUACAAGGCAGGCAAGCGGGUGAUCGGGGAGGACGGCUCGGAGGGCUACAGCGACCUGUUCCGGGAGAACGCCAUGCUGCAGAAGGAGAACAGCGCCCUGCGCAUGCGCGUCAAGGCCAUGCAGGAGGCCAUCGACGCCAUCAACAGCAGGGUCACCUACCUCAUGAGCCAGGAGGCCAACCUGAUGCUGGCCAAAGCAGGUGACGGGAACGAAGCCAUCGGCACCCUCAUCCAGAACUACAUCCGGGAGAUUGAGGAGCUGAGGACAAAGCUCCUGGAGAGCGAGUCCAUGAACGAGUCCCUGCGCCGCAGCCUCUCGCGGGUCUCGGCCCGGCCCCCGUUCCCCGUGGGCUCCUCGCCGGGCGCGGGCCUGGCCGGGCUCUGCAGCCCCGCGGCUCCCCUGGACACCGAGGCCUCCGACGUGCUCCGAAGGGCCAAGCAGGACCUGGAGCGCCUGAAGAAGAAAGAGAGGCGGCAGCAGAGGAAGAGCCCAGAGAAGGAGGCGUUUAAGAAGAGGCAGAAACUGCAGCAGGACAAUGGGGAGGAGACGGAUGAGAACGAGGUGGAAGAGGAGGAGGAAGAACAGGAUGAGAGUGGCUGUGAGGAAGAGGAUGGGCGCGAGGAUGAAGAUGAGGACUCGGGCAGUGAAGAGAGCCUGGUGGACUCGGAUUCGGAUGCAGAGGAGAAGGCUGUGAAUUUCCAGGCCGACCUGGCGGAUCUGACCUGUGAGAUUGAGAUCAAGCAGAAGCUGAUUGAUGAGCUGGAGAACAGCCAGCGGCGUUUGCAGACCCUCAAGCACCAGUAUGAGGAGAAGCUGAUCCUACUGCAGAACAAGAUUCGGGACACGCAGCUGGAGCGAGACCGGGUCCUGCAAAACCUCAGCACCAUGGAGUGCUACACAGAGGAGAAAGCCAACAAGAUCAAGGCAGACUAUGAGAAGCGGCUGAAGGAGAUGAACCGGGACCUGCAGAAGCUGCAGGCAGCCCAGAAGGAGCACGCUCGCCUGCUCAAGAACCAGUCCCGCUACGAGCGGGAGCUGCGGAAGCUGCAGGCAGAAGUGGCCGAGAUGAAGAAGGCAAAGGUGGCGCUGAUGAAGCAGAUGCGGGAGGAGCAGCAGCGGCGGCGGCUGGCCGAGACCAAGAGGAACCGGGAGAUCGCGCAGCUCAAGAAGGAGCAGCGCCGGCAGGAGUUCCAGAUCAGGGCUCUGGAAUCUCAGAAGCGACAGCAGGAAAUAGUGCUGCGGAGGAAAACCCAGGAGGUGUCAGCACUGCGCCGUCUGGCCAAGCCCAUGUCAGACCGGGUGGCGGGCAGGAUGAGCCAGAAGCCGGCCAUGAUGGACUCGGGCGCGGAGGUCUCGGCCAGCACCACCUCCUCCGAGCCCGAGUCUGGCGCUCGCUCCGUCUCCAGCAUUGUGCGCCAGUGGAACAGGAAAAUCAACAACUUUCUGGGAGACCCCUCGUCCUCCAUUAAUGGGGCUCGGCCGGCCAGGAAGAAGUUCCCCAAGAAGGGGACGAGCCAGACCUUCAGCAAAGCUGCCCGCCUCAAGUGGCAGUCCCUGGAGCGGCGCAUCUUCGACAUUGUCAUGCAGAGAAUGACCAUCGUCAACCUGGAGGCAGACAUGGAGAGGCUCAUCAAGAAACGUGAGGAGCUGUCACUGCUGCAGGAGGCGUUGCUGGGCAAGCGGGCAAAGCUGCAGGCAGAGAGCCCCAAGGAGCAGAAGGGUCUGCAAGAGCUGAACGAGGAGAUUGAGGUGCUGGGGGCCAACAUUGACUAUAUCAACGACAGCAUUUCAGACUGCCAGGCCACCAUCAUGCAGAUUGAGGAGACCAAGGAGGAGCUGGACUCCACGGACACCUCGGUGGUGAUCAGCUCCUGCUCCCUGGCCGAAGCCCGGCUGCUGCUGGACAACUUCCUGAAAGCCUCCAUCGACAAGGGGCUGCAGGUGGCCCAGAAGGAGGCCCAGAUCCGGCUGCUGGAGGGGCGCCUGCGGCAGACGGACGUGGCCAGCUCCUCGCAGAACCACGCCCUGCUGGACGCCCUGAGGGAGAAGGCUGAGUCCCACCCUGAGCUGCAGGCACUGAUCCACAAUGUCCAGCAAGAGAAUGGCUACAUCAGCACAGAUGAAGAAGUUUCAGAGUUCAGCCUGGCCUCAGAUGGGAGCAUCUCCCAGUCUUUCACCAUGAAGGGCUCAGCAAGCCAAGAUGACUUCAAGUUCAAGGGAGAGCCCAAGCUUUCGGGGCAGAUGAAGGCAGUGUCAGCUGAGUGUCUGGGACCCACGCUGGACGUCUCCACCAAGAACAUCACCAAGUCCUUGGCAUCCCUCAUGGAGAUCAAAGAGGACGGGAUCGGCUUCUCCAUCCGGGACCCCUACUACAAGGAGAAGGUGUCGCGCACCAUCAGCCUGCCCACGCGAGGGAGCACCUUUCCCAGGCAGUCCCGGGGCUCGGACACUUCGCCUCUGACACGGCGGAAAUCCUAUGACCGUGGGCAACCUGCCAGGCCUACAGACAUUGGCUUCACACCACCCUCAUCCCCACCCACUCGUCCGCGCAAUGACCGCAACGUCUUCUCCCGUCUCACGAGCACCCAGAGCCAGGGAUCUGCCUUGGACAAGUCUGAUGACAGCGAUUCCUCUGUCUCGGAGGUGCUGAGGGGCAUCAUUAACCCCGUGGGUGGCACCAAGAAUGCCCGGACAGCCCCGCUGCAGUGUGUCUCGGUGGCAGAGGGACACACCAAGCCUGUGCUCUGCCUGGAUGCCACCGAUGAGCUGCUCUUCACCGGCUCCAAAGACCGCAGCUGCAAAAUGUGGAACCUGGUGACAGGCCAGGAAAUCGCUUCUCUCAAGGGCCACCCAAACAAUGUGGUUUCCAUCAAGUACUGCAGCCACACGGGGCUGGUGUUCACCGUGUCCACGUCGUACAUCAAAGUGUGGGACAUCCGCGACUCCGCCCGCUGCAUCCGCACCCUCACGUCGUCUGGCCAGGUGAUCUCCGGGGAUGCGUGUGCCGGGACCAGCAGCCGCACGGUGACCAGCGUGCAGGGGGAGCACCAGAUCAACCAGAUCGCGCUCAACCCCUCGGGCACCGCGCUCUACGCGGCCGCGGGCAACGCCGUCCGCGUCUGGGAGCUGAGCAGGCUGCAGCCCGUGGGGAAGCUCAGUGGCCACAUCGGGCCCGUGAUGUGCCUGACAGUGAACCAGACGGCGAGCAACCACGACCUGGUGGUCACAGGCUCCAAAGAUCACUACGUCAAGGUGUUUGAGAUCACGGAGGGCAUGGUGGGCAAUAUUGGCCCCACUCACAACUUCGAGCCCCCUCACUACGAUGGCAUCGAGUGCCUGGCCAUCCAGGGAGAUGUCCUCUUCAGUGGCUCCAGGGACAACGGCAUAAAGAAGUGGGAUCUGGAGCAGCAGGAACUUAUCCAGCAAAUCCCCAAUGCCCACAAAGACUGGGUCUGUGCCCUGGCCUUCAUCCCUGGCCGCCCCAUGGUGCUGAGCGCCUGCCGAGGAGGUGUCAUCAAAGUCUGGAACGUGGACACCUUCACCCCAGUCGGGGAGAUCAAGGGGCACGACAGCCCCAUCAACGCCAUCUGCACCAACUCCAAGCACAUCUUCACCGCCUCCAGCGACUUGACAGUGAAGCUCUGGAGUGGGAGGAGGUUGCCUGCGGGGUCAAACUAG